AGCCCCUAGUUCCCGUCAUCCCCUGGGCUCUCCCCUUCCCCGGCCGAAAUCCCGCGUGGGCUCUUUUCCUCCGCGCUGGUCGCUAGGUGAUUCCCGAGGACUGUCGGAAGUCUCGCGACGGGGGGUCCCGUUGCCCUGGAAACGAGUGGCCUCGCCUCUUGCGGGGCGAAGGGCGUGGCUGGGGCUGUUAAACUACAGUGGCGUUGCUUCCAGCUACUAGACUGUAGGUGUCUCCGGUAGGACGGCUGCUCCCCCCAGGGAACGGACGACUGGCCAGGCCAGAGGACUCGGGGCGGGGACGAGGGCCCGGCCAAGGCGGUCGAGAGGGGAAAGACAUCGCAGACGGGACGCCCCCUGGGGGAAGCGAGCGCGCCUGGAAGACCGCGCGUUCCAGAAAAUGAGCUCCUUCCCAUACUGCCGCGUCCAGAAGUGAGGGUGGGAGGAACACCUUGCCGACACCACUUGUGGCUUAAAAGGCCCCAGUCCUCCCCACCUAGAAAGUGACCGUGCCUGCCCGCAGACCUGCCCGGCGCGGCUGGGCUUGGAAGCGUCUGCUUUUGCCUCUUCUGCCGCCGACGUGGAAGCUACCCAGGAAGCGCCCAUUAGAUAAUCUGCGUGUGUGGCUUUCUUGAAGCCCAGGUUUUACAUUACAGCAGGUCAGCACGCUGGUGUGCCGCCUGUGUUCGUGUAAGGAAAUAGAAUCAGGAUUUAUGCCAAGGUUUCCAAAUUUGGAAUUGUGGUGAUCCCCAGAUUGAGACUUAAGUCUCUUAAUACUGGAGAGGUCUUCCCUCUUGCAUUAGUAGUUAUUUGCUCUGUGUAGAGAGGAGCAUAAACCAAUAGAUUGGAAACUGGCAAAUUCCUUUGGUCUCUCAAAAAUAAUAGAAUCUUAGCAAGGAAUUUCUGUUACUCCAUUGUCUUAAUAACCACUUGGGAGGAUGCUUGCAUGGGAGGAGGAGUGGUCAUGGCCAAUAUAACCUUCUGAUAGCUAUUGAGAUUUAAGUAAGAAUAAUUGAAUAUUAGAGACAGUAUCUACAGAAUAUUAACCAAAAUAUAAAGAGAAAAGUGUAUUGUAGUCAUUUGAGCUUUUGGUCAAUUGAAAAUUAAGCAGAAAAAAAUUUAAACUAUGUUGUUAGAUUUCAUUGCCUAAGUAAGUAACUAUAAUUUUUCUUUCAUUCGUGAUCUUUUUAAAUGCCUCAGGAUCAUUCUGAACUUGCUAUGCCCUGUGGUAAUGUAAAUACAGGAUGUAAAUGAUUUGGCUGUGUAGCCUGGAGAUUUCUUUUUUCAAUUAAAUUAUUUACUUGAUUAGUCUUUUAUUGUGAUUUUUGUCUCUUUCAUGGAAAUGGAAAAUUUCUUCAAAUCUUUGAAGCUGAAUGUGUAAUUAGCUGUGUCCUAAUUAAUUUAGCUUUUAGAGAAGCCUGUUGUCACUGUUAAUUAAACACAAUUGGAUAUAUCUGGGGUUACUCAUUUAAUGUAAUAAACACCUUCAAGUUAAACAGAAAACUGUCAAAUAAGUUGCUUAGAAAUUGUUUUACAGCCUACCUACAUAAUAAAAGAAAUUUCAAGCCAGAUAUUGGAAGAAAUGUCAGAAGAUUCAGAAAAGGAAGACUAUUCAGACAGAACAAUCAGUGAUGAUGAAUCCGAUGAGGAUAACUUCAUGAAAUUUGUAAGCGAAGAUAUCCACCGGUGUGCACUUUUAACAGCUGACUCUAUUAGUGACCCAUUUUUCCCCCGAACUACCCAGAUACUGUUGGAAUAUCAACUAGGGAGAUGGGUGCCACGUCUUCGUGAACCACGAGAUUUAUAUGGUGUCUCUUCUUCUAGUCCGCUGAGCCCUACACGGUGGCCGUACCACUGUGAGGUCAUUGAUGAAAAGGUCCAGCAUAUUGAUUGGACUCCUUCUUAUCCUGAGCCAUUGUACACCCCAACAGGCCUAGAGAUGGAACCCCUUUAUCCAAACUCCAAGGAAGAUACUGUAGUUUAUCUAGCUGAAGAUGCUUACAAGGAGCCCUGUUUUGUGUAUUCCCGAGUAGGGGGCAACCGAACACCUCUGAAGCAACCUGUGGAUAACUAUGACAAUACUUUGACGUUCGAAGCAAGGUUUGAGAGUGGAAAUCUACAGAAGGUAGUCAAAGUGGCAGAAUAUGAAUACCAGUUGACCGUGCGCCCUGACCUCUUCACAAAUAAACACACCCAGUGGUACUAUUUCCAAGUCACUAAUACCCAAGCAGGAAUAGUCUACAGAUUCACUAUAAUCAAUUUCACUAAGCCUGCUAGUCUUUACAAUCGGGGUAUGCGCCCACUCUUUUAUUCUGAAAAAGAAGCCAAGGCUCAUAAUAUUGGCUGGCAGAGAAUAGGAGAUCAAAUCAAGUAUUACAGGAACAACCAGGGACAAGAGGGGCGCCAUUAUUUCUCUCUUACAUGGACAUUUCAAUUUCCACACAACAAAGAUACCUGCUACUUUGCUCACUGCUAUCCAUAUACUUACACCAACCUGCAAGAAUAUCUUUCUACUAUCAAUCAUGACUCAGUACGGUCAAAGUUUUGUAAAAUACGCGUCUUGUGCCACACGAUUGCUAGGAACAUGGUGUAUGUUUUAACAAUCACUACUCCCUUCAAGAGCACUGACUCAAGAAAACGAAAGGCUGUGAUUUUGACUGCAAGGGUACAUCCAGGAGAAACCAACAGCUCUUGGAUCAUGAAAGGCUUCCUAGAUUAUAUUUUAGGAGACUCAAGUGAUGCGCAGUUGCUUCGGGACACUUUCAUCUUCAAGGUGGUACCUAUGCUGAAUCCAGAUGGUGUGAUUGUGGGAAAUUAUCGUUGUUCCUUAGCUGGACGAGAUUUAAACCGUAAUUAUACAUCUCUCCUGAAGGAAUCAUUUCCUUCUGUUUGGUAUACCCGGAACAUGAUCCGUAGAUUGAUGGAGAAACGAGAGGUUAUUUUAUAUUGUGACCUUCAUGGCCACAGUAGAAAAGAGAACAUCUUCAUGUAUGGUUGUGAUGGUAGUGAUAGAUGUAAAGCAUUAUACCUACAGCAACGAAUCUUCCCACUUAUGCUGAGCAAAAAUUGUCCAGACAAAUUUUCAUUCUCAGCUUGCAAGUUUAAUGUUCAGAAGAGCAAAGAGGGAACAGGAAGGGUAGUAAUGUGGAAAAUGGGAAUCAGAAACAGUUUUACCAUGGAGGCUACUUUUUGUGGAUCUACCCUGGGUAAUAAACGGGGCACUCAUUUCAACACAAAAGACUUGGAGUCAGUGGGAUACCAUUUUUGUGAUUCUCUCUUGGAUUAUUGUGAUCCAGACCGAACCAAGUAUUACCAGUGCUUGAAAGAAUUAGAAGAAAUGGAAAAACAUAUAAACUUGGAAAAAAUCCUUGAGGAUUCAGAUACUUCUCUGAAAGAAAUGACACUGGAUCUAGAGUCUAGAUAAAAAGCAAGAAAAAACACCUGAAAACAAAGAAGGAAAGAAAUUCUACCAUAGCAAGUCAUCAAAACACCAGAGAAGAGCAAGAGGCAUGUGAUAAAGGACAUUUAGUGCGAAGACACAGAGAAUCAAAUUCUGAUGUGAAAGAUACAAAGCCAAAUGUAUCAGAUGAUUGUAUAUUUGAUUAUUUCAGAAGACCAUUCCCUAAUCAAGGUUUGGCCAUCCACAAUACAGCAUGAUUCAAGUCCUUUUCCACCUGAUUUUAUUCUUUCCUGUCACUGUUCAAGCUUGAAUGAAACUGAACACAGUAUUACAGAUGUCAGCUAGUAAGUGUACAAUAAAUCAUCACUCUCAUUU